AUGAAGUCCGAGUCUCCGAGGCUAAGACUUGCAAGUCCUGCGACCAAUGCAGGAGCCGGAAAGUCCGCUGCAUCAACCCCCCCAAAUGAGAAGAUCCGUGUUCGACCCAUCGUUUCACCGGUAUUUCUGGACCAGAUGUUGGAAAAUCACGGUAGUAGUGGGAUACUUCGGGAUAGCUUUGCCUUGCUGAGGGCACCCGAACAUGACGUGACUAGUUCCAGCCUUGCCUUUUUCUCCGAGCCUCGAAUCCACUCCUUGUCACAACGAUUAGGGAAUGACCGGCUCAAUGAGCUGGUCGAGACCAUCGAAUCUGUCAUCCGAUCACGGCUUCUCGCCCAGGGCCCGUCCUCUAUAUCGCUCAUCACUUUCAGAAAGCCGCCUGACAUUGAGCAAGUCCCGCUAGAUGAGGUCAAGUUAUAUGUCGAUUCUUACUUCCAGCAACUGCACCCGAUUUACCCCUUCCUCGAUCGCAAGGAGUUUGAGGAAAAGGUAUUCGGGCCCAACCGGUCUGAAAUCCUGAGUUCCAGCUGUGCAUUUUCAGCUUUGUAUCACACUGUCCUGGCUCUGGGAUGCCAGUAUCAUGAAGGCGGAACGUUUGAUCCAGGGAAUGGCAGAGUGUGGAAGCUUUUCCAGGUGUCUUUGGGUCUUGUGUCGGAUAUGUUAAUACCGAGGGAAGCCUUGAUGAGUCUUCAAGCACUGGUUGCCAUGAUUGCAGACCGACGUGAAGGCGCUAAUCCGUUGAGUGGUAACGUUCAGUCUAUAUUCGCCAUGAAUACCUGCUGUCUUCAAAUCGAAGAAGUCUUGCUCAUGGAGGCCGCCCGAAUGGCCCAAGGCCUCGGAUACCACCGAGCACUGGGCAACGGGGACCAGCGACAUAAAUCCACCUGCCACAGGACUUUCUGGGUAAUAUACUGCAUGGAGAAACAUAUGUGUUUCCAGUGCCAAAAAGGCUCGAUGAUCCCAGACCACGAUAUCGGGUGUCCCAUCCCCGACGUCCCGGAAUCCGUCUUUGGAGAGUACAACUCCUUUUUGUCGGCCAUCGGCUUCGGGCGAAUUCUCUCGCAGGCAUAUACGUCUCUCUUCUCGGUGAGUGCCGCAAUCCAGACCACCCAAGCGUACCACAUCGCGAUCGAGGAGAUUGAGACUCGGUUGGAACGAUGGCGAACGGCAGUGCCGAUGGAAUUGCGACCCGGUAUGCUGUGUCAUGAAUCGAAUAUGCCUUCUUCAUCCUUCCGGGAACCGAGCUUCAAGAUGAUCGUACUCCAGACCAACUUCUCCUAUUACGGGUUGAUCAUCGCGCUGGCGAGACUCAAAAUGCAAAUAGGUCGACAAGACCAGCCCCAAAAACAGGAAGAGACCAAGCGACUGUUGAUGGAUACAGCAAGAGCUGUGGUGGAAGGAAGCAAGAAUGUCGACAUAGCUGCCCACACGCCGAUUUUUAUUCUAGCUGUUUUACCUCUCGCGGCAUUAUUCAUCCUGUUUGACUUCGUCAUCCACAAUCCAACGCAUCCGGAAACGCGGAACAACCUGUCACUGUUGGACGUAGCAGCCGGUCACUUCAGUUUGUUGGAUUACAAGUCUGGAGGGAUCGUCCCCGCGUCACUUUUAACUGAAUUUGCACAUAUCGCGCGGCAGUACGUCAAAGACUUUGACAGCCAACAGCAGCAGCAGCAGCAGCCCGGUGAACUGGGCUCGUCGAUUGCCGGGUCCAUAUUGGCUGACACCGAGGUUUCCACGCCAUUGAAUCAGACGAACAGCAAUGGUAGUAACAAUAUCGAAUUGCAGUAUAACAUGAUGGGGCCCUGGGAGGCCAGGGACUAUCUGUACUAUCCAGUAACACCGGAGACACCCGUGCAAGGCUUACCUGAGAACCCGAUGGCAUCGUUUAAUAUCCAGAGCUUGUUUGGGUUUGUGGUUCCGGAUCUUGGACAAGAUUAG